AUGACUCAAGCCCAACUAGACACUAUGGAACACAAGAUACUUUAUCGACAGACUAGAUCAGUCAAACUAGGUGAAACUACACGAUUUAAAAUACACUUUUCCCCGCAUGCCGAGGGCGAUGAAGUUGUGAUACCGCCUACUUUAUGGGUGAAAGUCAAGAACCUUGAACCGGUAUCGAAAAGAGCAAUAUACCUAGCUGGACCAUACAUAUUAUAUGUUGAUUGUCGUCAACUGGAUUACGACCCUAAUAAAAAGUACUUUGUCACUGCAGAUCAGCCGGUUUUUGAGCCGCAGCUUCUACCAGGCCAGUCAUUUUACGCACAAUUGUCAUGCCACACUUUGAAGAAAGAUUACUCCUGGAUAGUUGAUGUGGUGUCUCAAAUCAUCUUUAAUACAAAAAUCGUGAUAGAUUUUGAAAUUAUGGUGGGGACCUCAAAGCAAGUACUUCAUGAAGCUUCAGUAAAUACAGUCAAGGGCAUCACCCCCUACUCGGACAAAGUGGGCACUUUCCAUCCUUUAUUGAAUGUUACUGAGUGGGACACCAGGGAUUUAUGGAACCUCCCCGUCCUCCAGCCUGGAAAACCAAAACACUUGGUUAUAGUUACUCAUGGACUACACUCAAAUACAAGUGCCGACAUGUUGUACUUGAAGGAACAAAUUGACAGAAUGGCAGAAAAGACACAAGACACCAGCGGAGAACAGACUGUUGUCAAGGGAUUUUUUGAUAAUGCGGGAAAGACGGAGCGAGGGAUCAAGUAUUUGGGUAGUAGGGUGGCUGAAUAUAUUAUCGAACUUGUUACGGAAAACGAAAUGCUCAACAAUGGCCAAGUUACCAAGAUUUCAUUUAUUGGUCAUUCAUUAGGAGGAUGUGUUCAAACGUUCACCAUUGCAUAUCUUCGACUGAAUUUUCCUUGGUUUUUUGAAACAAUUAAGCCAAUCAAUUUCAUUGCCAUAGCGUCGCCAUUAUUGGGAGUAGCCAACGAAAACCCACUUUAUGUCAAAAUUGCAUUAUCGGCUGGUGUUGUGGGUAAAACGGGUCAAGAACUAGGAUUAAAGUACCUUGAAAAAAAUUCGAAGCCGUUGUUGCUUUUGUUGCCUUCUGGAUUGGCGCAUAAAACGUUGAAACAGUUCAAGAGAAGGACUGUAUAUGCCAACGCAUUGAAUGAUGGCAUUGUCCCCUUGAGAACGUCCUCUUUGCUAUAUCUUGACUAUAAAGGGCUAGUUCCAUUGAUCAAUUCCAAUGAAGUUUCUCUAACAGACUCAAAUGAAGCUCGCAAUAGCAGGAGCAGUAUUGUGGCUGCGGGCAAGACCCCAAAAGGGAAAGCUUCUGGAAAAGCUCCCAAAUCAGUAAGCGAUAGCAAUCCGUUUCUGCCAAUGCAAACACUCAUGUCAUAUUUCAUGCCACAGAAGCAAAAGGGUCAUGGCGAGCAGUAUAGGAACUUUCAAACAACAUCAGUAGACGGAAACGUGGAUGACGAUGAAGGUGGCGAUGAGAAGCGUGAAGCUCGUGGAAUUCCCAACCUGACUUUUCUAGAUAGUGCUGCAGCUCUAUUUCUACCACCACUCCCAUCCAUGAAGUACAUCACAGACCCCACCAGUCGAGAAAAUGUCAUUAUCCACGACAAGGUCUACUAUGAGAAAGAUUUGCCCAAGUUGAUGAAGAAUGGUCAGCAGCUAAGCACAAAUGGGGUUAGCAGCGGCAAUACUGGCUCUGGUCCUUCAAUGACAAAGCGGUUUCUCAAUAAACUAGAUUACAACUACGAGGAACUUGAAGAAGAGAUUGCUCGCGAGUACCAUAAAAACAUGAGUUGGCGCAAAGUUGUCGUCAAACUCAAGCCGGAUGCGCAUAAUAACAUUAUUGUACGAAGGAGGUUUGCCAAUGCGUAUGGAUGGCCGGUGAUCAAACACAUUGUGGAGAACCAUUUCGGGCAGGAGCCGGUCACCAACAAGGCGGUAGCAUCAGUAAUGCAACAUUCGUCAUCGGUGGGCGAGUUUGCCAGCCACGAUUCAUUAGACGAGGAGCAAGACUUGACGAAUUUGGUCAAUAGAGAUUUGGUUGCGCGACAAAAUCACGAAAUUGACGAGACUACAUCAUCAGCUGAGGAUGAAAAUAGUGCAAAUGCCGCAUGGAUUAAUUCUAAAGAUAAUGCCGAAAGUAUAUUUGCAUUGGGUGUUGCUGGAUUAUUGGGGGAAGUUACACAUUUUGUUGGCGAUUUCAGCGAUUCCAUCUUUAGUGGGAAAAGACCCACGAUUCCAUUGAUUGGGCAAAUCCCAAUACCUGCCGCAUUGAUUUCGCCAUCGAAUGAAGGGGUACCUGUGACUACUUCUUCUGACAGCAAAGCCAAAGGUGGAACUCGUGGCAUUGACAAUGUCAGCGAUGACAUCGAUGAGUCUGGGGAUUUGAGUCUUUCUAAGGCAGGUGUGAUGGACAACUUUAUCUAG